AUGGAUCAAUUAGUUUCGAAAUUUGAGGGAAACAUUGAUUUCAAGGGCCAACAACUUGCAGAAUCGGUCUCGAACACGGUAUUGAUAGUUGGUUCAGUGGCUUCUUGUUUAAUAGGCUUUGUUACUCAGAACGUCAAGCUGACUUGCUACGCUUUUGCUAUUUUUUUGAUCUUAGACCUUGUUAUUGUGGUGCCGCCCUGGAAACAGUAUCGUGCUAAUCCGGUGAGAUUUGCCACGUCCAAUCGCUCUAUUGAGGUAGUCAAUUAG